UAGCUUGGCAGCCAGCCCCUCCGGCUCGCGACGCUGCUCCGGGCGCUGCAGCCGGAGCACCCGGGAGGGAGGCUCCGGCGGCCCGGGGGCAGGGGUGCCGUCCUGCGGCAGCUGCAAAGCUCUGCCCGGCCCAGCUGUCCCCGCGACUCCGGGCUGCGUGCAGCUCGGGGCGGGGUGGGCUCGGGGAGGGCCCAGCCUCCGCGCUCCUCCCCGCUGGCCGGGCCAGAGUCGGCUCGGCGAGCCCAGGCGAGCGCCCUUUGCAUAAAGCCCUCCUCCUUGGCCAAGGUAGAGGAAGUUGGGCUCCCGCCUGGAUGGGAGGCGGGAGGGAGACCUGCUCCUGUUGUUUUCCGCCGGCGGCAGAGGGUGCGGGCACGAGGGGCGGGGUGCACCCUCCCGGCCGGGCCGAGCGCUCCGGAGGCAGAGUCUCACUGGGAGAGCUGCCCAGCGCCGCUCUCAGCCCCGACAUCGGACUCACCCCAAGCAUCCUUCCCGGGCGCUGGGCGCUGUGGAAAGGGGAGCUGUUCACUCGGUCGUCCCGAGGACCCGGGAGGAGCACUUGGUACCCGAGGGGCCGGAGCCCUGAGGGGCGCACGCCCGGCCCGGGCAGACCCUGCGUCGCCUGAGGGGCCCCUGCCCGCUCGUGGUGCGAGAUGGCCGCGCGGGUGCCCGAGCCGCCCCGGGUGCUCCUGUGCCUCGCGGCGCUGCUGGCCCGCUGGGUCGCCGCAGAACUGGAGGCCGUCGCCAUCGGAGAAGCUCGCGAGAACGUUACUCUGCACUGCGGCAACGUCUCAGGAGCACGGGGCCCGGUGACCUGGUACCGGGACGACUCGGAGCCUGUCUUCCUCGUCUCCUCCAACUCCAGCCUCCCGCCCGCCGACCCACGCUUCUCGCUGGUGAAUGCCAGCUCCCUGCACAUCGAGGCACUGAGCCUGCGGGAUGAGGGGAACUACACCUGCGGGGAAGUCCUGAAUGAGACGCGGUGGUCCCAAGUGUGGCUGCAGGUGGCCAGUGGCCCGUACGAGGUGGAAGUCAACAUCUCCACCACUGGCAGGCUCCCCAACGGCACCCUCUACGCAGCCAAGGGCUCCCAGGUGGACUUCAGCUGCGCCAGCAGCUCCAGGCCUCCGCCCAUGGUCGAGUGGUGGUUCCGCGCCCCGGAUUCCAGGACCGAGCCCUUUGGAAACAACCUGACGGUCAGCUCCUUCACGCUGCUGCUGAUGUCGCAAAACCUCCAAGGGAACUACACCUGUUUGGCCAUGAACAUGCUCAGCAGGAGGCAUCGAAAGGUGACCACCGAGCUCCUGGUCUACUCGCCCCCUCUGUCCGACUUGGAGUGCUGGGCUGAAAUGUCACCAGGAUUGUCCGUGCUGCAGCUCACCUGUCGCUGGGACGGGGGAUACCCAGACCCUUACUUGGUGUGGACAGAAGAGCCAGGAGGUGCGGUCGUGGGGACCUCAGGCCUGGGAGUGGAGACGCUGAACCGGUCCCAGCUGUCAGAUGGCAAGAAGUUCAAGUGCAUUGGGAGCCACAUAGUGGGGCCGGAGUCGGGAGCCAGCUGUGUGAUUCAGAUCCGGAGCCCCUCCCUUCUCUCGGAGCCCAUGAAGACCUGCUUCGUGGGGAGCAAUGUGACACUCACCUGCCACGUGUCUGGAGCUUACCCUCCUGCAAAGAUCCUGUGGCUGAGGAACCUCACCCAGCCUGAGGUGGUCAUCCAGCCCAACAGCCACUACCUCAUCACCCAUAACGGCCCGAGCUCCACCCUGACCAUCCAGAACUGCUCCCAGGACCUGGAUGAGGGCUACUACGUCUGCCGGGCUGAGAACCCCGUGGGGGUGAGGGAAGUGGACAUCUGGCUGAGCGUCAAAGAACCUUUAAACAUCGUGGGAAUUGUGGGAACCAUCGUGAGCCUCCUCCUGCUGGGAGUGGCCAUUAUCUCAGGGCUCAUGUUGUAUUACAGCCCUGUGUUCUGCUGGAAACGAAACACUAUCAGGGGACAAGACAUGGCUGAUGUCAUGGUUUUGGUGGAUGAGGAAGAGGAAGAGGUGGAGGAGGAGGAAGAAUAUGCUGCAGGACAGGAGGAGGAGGAUGAGGAGGAGGAGGAAGCAGCAGCUGACAGGGAGGAAUUGCCAAAAGAAAUACCCAAGCACGUCCACAUUCACAGAGUGACCGCACUGGUGAAUGGGAACAUAGACUGGAUGGCCAAUGGACUCCAGGCUCUGCAAGACGACAGCGGUGAGCAGCAGAGCGACCUCGCUCAAGAAGAAGACAGGCCAGUCUGAAGGAAAGAGACGUCCUCCGUGGUCCUGUCUUACGAGCUCGGGAAGCUGCAGCGAAGAGGAGCUUUUCAUUCGCC